UUGGUUUUACCAUAAUUCCUCAAGACUUUUUGGUAUCUCUUUCUGAUGAGAUUCAGUGGGACGUAUCGUCUGCUGACAGCUUCAUUUGUGGACUAACAGACCAUCUCCUCUGGAGUUUUUGUAAGCAGUCCUUACCCUUCAAAAUUAUCAAAUUUUCAUUUACAAAGGAAUUUCCUAGUCCCUGCUCCUCUGAUUUGUGCAUUACUCUGGAAAAUAGUGAGGAUAUUGCUUAGAACACACAAACUGUAUACAAGUUACUUUUUGAAUAUUGCUCAUACCUGAAUCUCAUGUUGGAUAAUAGCUUGGUCUGUUUUGAGAUGUAAAAAUCAGCUUGUUAUGGAAAUGGGAGGCAUGGCAAAUCUUUUAAACAUGUCAUGCCCUUUUCCUAAAGGGCAAUAUUUGCCCCUCAGCUCAUUUUCUUCACAAAAACCCUUCAGUCUACUCAGGCGUGUCUGAACAAUCCAUUAAAUAGUCCUAAUAUACAAACUAAGGAGUUUAAGACAGAAGAUCACUAACAUUACAUUUUUUCGUGGGCUUUGUUAUAACUUGCACAGUACAGUCAACAAACACAUUAUUGUACUGCCAGAAUAUGCUCUGCUCUCAUCUUAUAUGAGCUUUGCAAAUACACAUAAAUGUAUGUCUUUAGAUGCUUUUUUGAAGUUCGCAUUAGCUUUGUCCAUUGUCCAUUAUAAGUGACGCUCACUGAGUGCUCUAUAAAAGACUUAAACAUUAGUCGUCUUAAAUGAAGCCCUUUCUUGUCUUUUUCACAGCAGUUCGUGACACCAGGCGUUUAUUGUAGCUCCUCACCAGGUAGAGACUUGAAUGUUAGGAAGAGGAGUUGCUUUGCCUUCAGGUCUGAGCAGCUUUAAAAUGCUCUGCUUUGGCAGAACAGACGUUCACAGCUGUGUCGUCUACUUACAUUAGAAAUCGCUUUGGACCCAGGAAUCAAAAUAUGGAGAAUAUGAACUCCACCAUGGUGCCAACACCGGACACCAUCGACAAAGACUGUCAGGAGAACGUUGACCAAAAUCGAGUGCUGUACAUUUUCUACUCUUCUGUGGUAGUGGUGCAGUUUAUCUUGGGUUUCCUGCUGAACAUUACAGUUAUCCAUCUCUUCAUCUUCAAGCUCAAGUUCUGGAAAUCUAAGACCAUUGACAUUUUCCUGUUCAAUCUGGUCCUGGCUGACAUUUUGUUGCUGAUUGGAUUGCCCGUAAAGGCAUACAACUUUCAGCAAUGCAGUGAACAGAAAGUAGUGUGCAAAGUACAGCUCUUUCUGCAGUUUAUCAACCGAGGAGCCAGCAUUGCCUUCCUGACGAUCAUCUCCAUUUAUCGAUAUUAUAGCGUGGUCCAUCCUGGGAGGAGGAAAGUUCGUAGUAUUUUGAAACGAUCGCCUCAGAUUUCUGUAUUCAUCUGGGUGCUGCUGGGAAUUUUGACCAUUCCGGCCAUGUGUCAAAGUUUUAUCAGAUGCAACAGCAGUGAAAAAGAUGAGAAACUGACCGCCAUUGUUAUAUUGAGGGAAAUUGUGUUUUUUACUCAGAUUUUCAUCCCCUUUUUUGUUCUUGUGUACUGCUCCAUACGGAUUAUCAAAAGACUCCAACAGAAGUCAGUGGGCGACAAGACUAAACUCUGGAGAGCGAUGUUCCUCGUCACUUCAGUGGUUUUCGUCUUUGCUGUCUGCUUCUUGCCAUAUGCCUUUACAAGAGCAGUGCAACUAAAGAUCAGUGGACUUGUGAUGAAAGAGGAAAAAGUUACUGUUGUUAAACUGUUUGACGGGCUUCUUUGUCUCUCUUAUCUGAACUGUCUGCUGGAUCCGAUCCUGUACUGCCUCAGCAGCAGUAAAUUUAAGAAGCUGUAUAUAUCAAUGUAUCUUCCCUUCCUGCUGGAGAAGGAGAAACCAGAAAGUUCAGAAGAUACUGCAGAUGACUGAUCCAAGUAAAAAAGAAUAUGCUUUGAAAAGGAUGUUGGGAGAAUUUCAGUCAGUUUCUUGCAAUUGCAUUUUUUUCUAAAACAUUUUGAACAGUAAAUGGGUAGUCGUCACAUUGAGUAUCAUGUCUAAGGUUUAUUUGUUUUUAAAAUGUGUUUAAAAAAAAAUAAGAGUCUGGAUUUUAUGUUACAAUUUUUUAGGAAUGUAUAAAUUGCAGAAAUGUAUGCUUUUAGGCACUGUGACCAUUAUAACGCACAUUUGUUUUCUGCAUUCUAGUUUAUUUUAAAUGGCCCUGCGGUGUGACAGAUGUACAAACAGUCCAAUGCAUAAAAAUGUCAAAACAAUUAGCUAUGUGCUUUUAAAAGUAGUUUUAGAUGAAGAAGCAUGUCACACUGAAUGCAUGUCAAUUCAUUUUUUAAUUCAAUAUGUGUCUUGCUUAUAUUGGACUUUCUGAUGUGACUCAUGAUUUGUCUGGAAGCUGGAAAUGUAUGAUUUAGAAAAUUUCUCUGUCAGACACAGAGGAUGAAAUGUGUACAAUUUAAUGUUUUCCUUUUUUCUUUUUUGCAUGUAUAAUUAUGAUUUGAAUAUGGUAAAAAUAGAAUGUUAUUUCCACACUAUUGUAAAAAUACUUUUUUUUUCUUAAGAGCAUAAAGAUAAACAACAUCUUCAU